AAGAUUUCACCAACCACAGAUAAGAAGAUUAGGGAGGAAUUAAUGGUAUUCCUUUGUCAUUAUUGGAAUAAAUUGAGAUUUGGUUUUAGAAAAGAGGGUGGAGACUGUUUGGGGUCAGUGGUGAGAUGUUUUGUCAAGACAUAGGAGGACGGAUAGGACAUUUGACCACCAAAGUCAACCGGGGGACUAUCUGGACUCAUGUACACUGCAUUCGCAGAUGAGAGCGCUGGACAGUGCACCCAUUACUGGGCAUGUGCAAGCCACAGCGGAAUGAGUGCUGCUGGGACAUGGACGUGCCAGUAGGAGACGGGGACUGAGGUUUUCGUCGGUGGGCGGGGGAGGACGCUCGGGGGAUCCUCUCGUGUUCCCAGCACCAGUUUCACCAUGAGAGUGGUCCUCCUGGCCUUACGACUCAUGUGCUUUGCCUGCUUGUGGCCUGUCACGCAGCUAAAUAGCAGCCACUUCCCCAACAAGAGGAGACACAAGGAGGUCGACCUCGGAGACCUCAACAAACAAAAACAUGGAGGACGAGUGGACCUCAAGAUGAAAAAGCUCGACAGCACAAAGUCUUUGCUAAUUAAAUCAGAACAGCUGCUUCGAAUUGAGGACCAUGACUUUGCAAUGCGGCCAGGUUUCGGAGGUUCAGCAAUCCCUGUUGGCAUUGACGUCCAGGUAGAGAGCGUUGACAGCAUCAGUGAAGUAAACAUGGACUUCACCAUGACUUUGUACCUGAGGCAUUACUGGCAGGACGAUCGACUGGCCUUCCCCUCCAGCAACAACAAGAGUCGAACCUUCGACUCGCGUCUCGUAAAGAAGAUCUGGGUGCCUGACGUGUUCUUCGUCCACUCCAAGCGCUCUUUCAUCCAUGACACAACCAUGGAGAACAUCAUGCUGAGGGUUUUCCCUGAUGGCAACAUCCUCUACAGUGUCCGGAUUACUGUGACAGCACUUUGCUCGAUGGACUUCAGCAGUUUCCCUCUCGACACACAAAACUGCUCUCUAGAGCUGGAGAGCUAUGCUUACAAUGAGAAUGACCUCAUGCUCUACUGGAAGAACGGGAACGAUUCAUUAAGGACUGAUGAGAUCGUGCUCUCUCAGUUUUUUGUUGAAGAUUUCCAGCCUUCCUUUGGGCUCGCCUUCUACAGCAGUACCGGUUGGUACAAUCGUCUCUACAUUAACUUCAUUCUCAGGAGGCACAUCUUCUUCUUCAUGCUGCAGACGUAUUUUCCCACCAUGCUGAUGGUGAUGCUGUCCUGGGUAUCUUUCUGGAUCGACAGAAGGGCCGUGCCCGCCCGUGUCUCCUUGGGAAUCACCACCGUGUUGACCAUGUCAACCAUCAUCACUGGCGUGUCCUCCUCAAUGCCUCAGGUGUCUUACGUGAAAGCUGUGGACAUCUACUUGUGGGCCAGCUUCCUGUUCGUCUUUCUGUCCGUCAUCGAGUACGCGGCCGUCAACUAUUUCACCACAGUGGAGGAAAUGAAGAAGCUCAAGAGGGCACAGAUCCCGGCGUCCUACAACGCCACGCAGGCCAUGGCAUUUGACGGCUGUUUCCAUGACAACGAUAUAGACCUGACCUCUUUCCCCGAGGUCUCCAGCACGCCAAACACAGAGAGGAACACGCAGUCACGAAACUCCACCGUGUCAGCGCCCGCAGAGGGCACCAGGCUACGCCACAGGAACCCUUUGAAACACAACCUUCGUUUCAUAAUGAGCAACAGCUACAUGAUUGACUCCUACUCCAGAGUUUUAUUCCCUCUGGCUUACCUGCUCUUCAAUGUCAUUUACUGGAGUUUGUAUGCGUAGCACACUCACCUUGCAGCAAAAUCUUUCUAAUUCUAAUACAGUCAUUGGACAUGAACUGACAAUCUCGUCUCUUUUGAAUUGGACAAUUAUUUCAAUUUUGGGAUUUUAUUGUGUUGCUUUGUUGCU